AUGGACAGGAACACAAGCUACCAGCAGAACUAUACAACUACUGGGGCAGCGGCCGCUUCUUCAAGGCAGCCUCCUUCGGAUAAUAACGCUGAUACAAAUUUUUUGAAAGUAAUGUCGGAUUUUAAGUACAAUUUCAACAGUCCGUUGCCCACAACGACUCAAUUUCCUACACCAUAUUCUUCCAAUCAGUACCAGCAAACGCAGGACCAUUUUGCCAAUACGGACGCACAUAACAGUUCGGGCAAUGAAUCGUCGUUGGUUGAAAAUAGCAUACUACCACAUCACCAGCAGGUCCAGCCACAGCAACAACAUUUGGGUUCGCUUGUGCCCCCCGCAGUGACAAGAACAGACACAAGUGAAACUUUGGAUGAUAUUAACGUUCAACCUUCAUCUGUUUUGCAAUUUGGGAACUCCUUGCCAGGCGAGUUUCUGGUUGCAUCCCCCGAACAGUUUAAGGAAUUUCUAUUGGAUUCUCCCUCUACUAGUUUCAAUUUCUUUCAUAAGACACCUGCGAAGACUCCACUGCGAUUCGUUACAGAUUCCAGUUCCGCUCAACCGAGCACAGUAGAUAAUCCCAACCAACAACAAAAUGUUUUCAGCAAUGUGGACUUGAACAAUCUUUUGAAAAGUAAUAGGAAGACCCCUUCCUCUUCGUGCACGGGCGCAUUUUCACGUACUCCCUUAAGCAAGAUCGAUAUGAACCUCAUGUUCAACCAACCAUUAGCGACGUCUCCAUCAAAGAGGUUCUCUUCUUUGUCGCUGACGCCUUAUGGAAGAAAAAUCUUAAAUGAUGUUGGAACACCGUACGCGAAGGCUUUGAUAUCUUCCAACAGUGCUUUGGUAGACUUUCAGAAGGCAAGAAAGGAUAUUACUACCAACGUGGCGUCCACAGGUUCCGUAAAUGCUAAUAACAUUUUACAAAGGACACCAUUAAGAUCCAACGAUAAGAAAAUAUUCAUUAAAACACCUCAGGAUGCCAUUAAGGGUACUAGCACACUCACUAAGGAUAAUGAGAACAAGCCGGACAUAUAUGGCUCUUCGCCUACAACUAUCCAAUUAAACUCAUCCAUAACAAAAUCUAUUUCCAAAUUGGAUAAUUCUAGAAUUCCCUUAUUUGUUUCCAGAUCUGAUACCAUAUUAGAUUCUAACGUCGACGACCAAUUGUUUGAUUUGAGAUUAGCCAGAUUACCGCUAUCGCCAACGCCGAAUUGCAAUUCCUUACAUAGUACAACUGCUGGAGCCGCUGCUUUACAAAUUCCGGAGUUGCCUAAGAUGGGAUCUUUCAGGAGCGAUACCGUCGCCAGCUCCACUUCAAGUUCAAACACGAUUUCUUUGAAAAGCAAAUCCAGCAAUAAUAAUUUGAAGGGUAGGAUCAAGAAAAACGGGAAAAAACCUUCCAAAUUUCAAAUCAUUGUUGCGAACAUUGACCAGUUCAACCAGGAUCAAUCGUCAUCAUUAUCAUCAUCACUGAGCUUAAAUUCAAGAGCAGGAAAUUCAAAUUUAAAUGCGACAAAGAAAAGAGGGAAUAAACUUAAAAGAUCACAAUCUUCACUUUCGGAUUCCAAGUUUAAAUCGCAAGCAAAGAAGAACUGUGAUUCUAAACCUAAUGGUAAUUUAUUCAAUUCACAGUAG